AAAUCUCCCAUAACCAAUACCUAAAUGACAGGCCCAUUCUCGUUGAAACAAAACACUUUGUAUAGACCAGAGGAUCCGAAAACCUUAAACCCUUUUUCUGGCCUCCAUUGCAGGUUUCUACCUCUAUUGCUGUUCUUUCCUUCGAUCAAGAUCAGUGACCAUGUAUCUUCAGUUUUACAUAAACGAUAACGGCGACAAAGUCUACACCACUAAGAAAGAGUCGCCGGUAGGGCUACCUACACAAUCUGCUCAUCCAGCCCGGUUUUCACCCGAUGAUAAAUAUUCAAGACAGAGAGUUCUUCUGAAGAAGCGUUUUGGAUUAUUACCAACCCAGCAGCCACCUCCAAAGUAUUGAGUGAUGUAGAAGCUCUAAAUUUUAAGUGUCUUUUGUUCCAUGCGUGGACAGUAUUUUGUGAACUAGUGCUGGUGCCUGGUGUCAAGUGAUUGAGCCAUUUAUGCCUUUUGUGUUGUGAACCAGUUACAUCAAAAUCUGGCUCACGUUAUUAGAAUGAAGCGACGAAUGUUAAUUUGCACUAAUGGAUUUUGAGUUGUGUUUGCAGUCAAUGUAAUAUUCUCAAAAUUUUAUGUGUUCUCACAAUGCAUGGGGUUCUUUCCA